CACAGAUCAGCGGAGAUUUUUUUCUGUGCAUUACAUGUAAAAGUAAAAACAAAGUGGGAACUAUCUUGGAAAAGGCUUGACUUAUAUGAUCGGUGAAGAUGUAUCGGAGAAGAGGAGAGGAAAUACCCAGAGGAAUGGCAUCGUGGGAAAAUGUGGCACUCAGAGGGGACGGACAACAGCCAAGUGGAGAGGAUCUUUAAAAGAUGGAGGACACAGGCGGAGAGGCAGUACAGGAUGGGAGGAGUGGGGGGGUGGAGGACAUUGGAUGGCGUGAGGACCGAGGCCGGUGGUUGGUUUGAUCUGAGCCACGUGUGUGUCCAGCCACGUCUCUUCGCCGCUUAAUGGAGUUCGAUGAAACGUUGGCUUCCUCUGCCGCCCGGUCCCUUCUGUCUUGGCCCAGGUAGGUUUUCUGACACAAGAUGAUGUGCGAGUCCUUGAGGAAGAAAUCAGAAAGUGGUGCUUCAGUCCCUCAUUCUCCAGUGGGUAUACAGCUCAAUAACUAGUGUCAAGGUGUAUAUGAAGCAGGCAGUCAGCUGUUCCGUAACAAACUGUGGUUGUUCUGGGUAGCUUCCAGGUAUGAAUCCUUUUAGGGGAAUGACUGUGAAGCAGAACAAAGAAAACUCCCACUGAGUACAUUAAAGUGAAAACACAGGAUCUACUGGCAAUGUCAUCGCUCUGCUCUGUGAUGAGGUUUAACUGGGGGUUCAGGCUGAGAAACAUGCUCUACCUCCACAACACAGGGCAGCCUUGAACUCUGCACCAUCACCCUAUCUAUCCUCAGCCAUGAGUGUAACUGUAAGAUGAUAGUAUGAGAACAACAGCACCGUGGCAUCUAACAUCCCACUACUUCACCACAUCAAUAAAAACCUAGCUGGACUAUUCAGUCUGUGUUGUAAAAAUGGCAGAAAAAGUUUUCCAGCUUAGAUCUCUCAACUGCGCAGAAGACUUCCCAACGACAUCACUAGCAUCCCUCCAUCUCAGGGACGAGGCUGUGGUCAUCAACGAGAGCACCAACCAUAUGGGAGAUAAUCCUGAGCCUCAUUCUGUAUUUUCUGUGAUGACGUCAUCACCGCAUAACCAAUCACGACAACAGACAGACAUAUCCAUGGCUACUAGGCCUGAGCCUUCACCAGCAGUUCAAGAGUUCUUGGAUCCUGAGAUGGGCCAAAGCGACAGCGAGGCUCAGGCUCACACCCUGACAGCGUUCCUGCAAGACCUUUCCUCCCCUGUUGAUCCUGAUGAUGUGUUUCCUGCACUAAGAACCAACAUUGUCAAGGAAGGAGAACAACCCAAGAACAACAAAACCAAAGCGAUGGCAGCAUGUGACUCCAGCUCUGAUGACAACCAUCUGUCUAAUGCAGAGUGGUACUGGGGAAAUACCACGAGAGAGGAAGUAAAUGAGAUGAUGAGAAACACUCCUGAUGGGACGUUCCUGGUCCGAGAUGCUUCCAGUAAGGUUAAAGGGGAAUACACUCUCACGCUAAGGAAAGAUGGCUCCAACAGACUGAUAAAGAUCUACCAUCAUGGGGGGAAGUAUGGCUUUUCUGAGCCACUGGUCUUUCUCUCUGUGGUGGACCUUAUCCAGUACUACCAGAAGAAGUCUCUGGCCCAGUACAACUCUAAACUGGACACAAGGCUACUUUACCCCAUAACCAGAUACCAGCAGCAGCAGGCUGUGAUGGAAGUUGACAUUGAUGCAGUUGGAGAACAGCUGAGGAUAUUUCAGGAUCAAUACAAAGAGAAGAGCAAAGAGUAUGACCUUCUGUUUGAGAAGUUUAACCAAACCUCCCAGGAGCUGCAGAGCAAGCGGACAGCCAUAGAGGCUUUCAGUGAAAUCAUUCGGAUCUUUGAGGAGGAGUGUGAAACCCAAGAACGCUACAGCAAAGAAUACAUCGACAUGUUCCUCUCAGUAGACAGCAGUACAGAUUCAGACACGAUUCAAAGCAAUUCAGAUGAGCUGCAGUCCAGGGUGGAGGAGAUCCACAACAGCAAGAAGAAGUUGGAAGAGGAGCUGAGGAGGAAGGCGCAGGCUCACAUGGAAGUCGAUAAGAAAAUGAACAGCCUGAAGCCCGACCUUGUGCAGCUCAGGAAGAUCAGAGAUCAAUACCUGCUCUGGCUCAACCAGCAAGGUACUAGGCAGAGCCAGAUUAAUGAUUGGCUGGGUAUCAGGAAUGAAGAAGAAAACCCAUACACUCUGGCAGAUGAUAUCAACCAGGAAGAGAGCAACUGGUACGUUGGUGGUAUGAGACGUAAGGAGGCAGAGGAGCUGCUGAAGGGGAGGAGGGACGGGACCUUCCUAAUCAGAGACAGCCAGACUCAGAGAGGCUCCUUUGCCUGCUCUGUUGUUGUGGAUGGGGAUGUGAAGCACUGUGUGAUCUACAGGACAUCCACAGGGUACGGCUUCGCUGAGCCCUACAACUUAUACCCAUCGCUAAGAGAGCUGGUCCUCCAUUAUCGACACACAUCCCUGAAUAAACACAACCAGCAGCUGAAUGUAACCCUGGCCUGGCCCGCUCUCAGCCAGCAGCCCAGCUGAGACACACCAGCAGGCCACCCUGAUGGCACUUUCCCACAGCUUCACUGUAUUUGCACCACGGACGCACUAACGUGGACACUGUUACCAGGCUCUAACAGUACGGGUUAGUGUCGAAUUUCCAGAAACAGUUUUAGUGCUCAGAUCAAAAAAUCCUACACUGAUUAGAUGUCAUAGCAAACAAAAAGCAUUACGGCCACAAUCAUUCGUAUGCUUUGCUAAGUUACUUGGAACAGAUUUUGAACAGCUUUUCCACAGCAGUUUUAAGAUUGAUUAGUUCAUUGUCAGCUUUGUGAGUUAAAUACAAUGGUUGCAUUUGGACUGCAGCUCUGUUCUAAUGCAAUUUUUUUUUUUAAAGCUAAUGUUCCUAAUAUUAAAAUUCCCAUUUACUUGCCAUCUGCACAGCUUGCAAAACACAAUUGGGAUUAUGUACUUAACUGAAUUCAACACUGAAUUAAAUCUUUUGCAGCAGUACCGAGGUAGCACUGAAAUAUUGCCUCAUCAUGACAACAAUAGUACAGUAGCGAGCGUCCCAAACCGAUGCUGGUAUUAAAGUUGCAAAAAUCUUAACAGUGUAGUAAUUUAUAAUGACGAUAUCAGGGUAACACAGGAUACUAGUAUCCCGCUUUCAGAAUACUGAUACUAAACUGCUUUUUAUAAGUAAAACAAUCAAAGCAGAGAAAUAUAAUUUGGCUUGCUUUUUAAGUAUAAAAAGGAAGGUAUAUUUCCCUGUUCAAGAGAAAUUGAUUUAAGUUAUUCACUAAUCCAGAAAUUUCAUAUUUCAGUGUUGAUGGGCUGUUGUUUUUUUAGUAUUUUUUCUGAAAGUACAAGAAAUCAUAAAUAUUUAAGAAGCAAAUAUUACAUUGCAAAGAGUAUUUAAGUCAUGGUCUCUAUAUUUCAAAUAUAUUUUUGUCCAACAAUCCCAAUUAAUGAUCUGCAACAGCCAUCCACAGUACAUAUCUUAAAUCCAUAUAAUCAGUGCAGUUGCAGUGUUUAAGGUGCUUCUGGGAAACUGAGCUAAGGAUGGGAGCUGCACUACCAAGCACAUGUGUAUUAUGGCUAGUGUAGUGUAGAAAAAAAAAAGUGUAGAGGAGACACACAAGCACUUUAUCCAAAACAAGACAACCAGAAUAUACAUAAGCACAGAGAUGAGCGCUGGAGAUGUGUGAGACACUGAUUUUUACAUAGUGAUGUUGUUGGUUGAAAAGAAGUUUUUAUUUCAGUGGCUAGGAAUAUAAAAAUUAUUUUCUUACUGUCAUCUUCAUUCUCCACAAUAUCUUCAUGAGACAAAAUAAGGAUUUCAUGGAUUCUACCUCUGGGGUGUAUUUAUGCUUUUAGCUCCUAUGUGUAGGAUAUUUUUGUUCUUAUAGCAAUCAAAUUGUUGGCAGGUGAUGAUUUUUUUUGUAGAAAAAUGGGACAAUCACGCAAAAGUUUGUUUAAUCUAUGUGUGGCUUUAAGCUCACUGUUUAACACUUUAAGUGUUAAUAAUAACAUGAGCCAGUAUAAACAGACAAAUACUGAAAGUAAUUCUGUGUGUUGUGUACAUGCACAUUUGGGAAUAUCAACCCAAAAUAAGCGCAGUUACUUAGGUAUAUGGGUAAUAUCAAUCUGGUUCUGAUUAAUCUUUGAUGAGUCAGCUGUUUUUUUAUUUAUAUAUGCUUUCUGAGGAUUUCUGUUGGAGUUGGUGAGCCAGGUGCUUUGAUUAGUCUCUGGAGCGAUAAUAUACACUAUAGAGGUCUUUUAGAUUUCGGUCUGGUUGAAAAGUGCCCUUAAGUGUUCCUGUUCCAGCCAUCAUAAUUUUAAUUGUGUUACUCUCAGGAGAGAUGUCUUGCCCCUUACAUGAGUAUGAUGUUGGGUGUCAAAAACAAUGUUCUGAUGAACCAAAUGUUUAGGUUGUGUAUAGCUCGAUACAAGGCUACAAUAGCAUAAAUACUCUGGAAUACCCUCAGGAAGAGUAUUAUUAUCGAAGGUAGUUGCUUUUUACUAUAAUAGCACAAUUUUUAAAAUCAUUAUAUUUAACUAUUUUGUAAAAGUGAGUGUCAAAUAGACUUUAUUCCCCCAGCAGUUGCUACAUUAACCCAUGAGAAUACAAAAUAAUUAAGAAAACAAAAGGCUCAUAAUCAUAAUGGUUUUUAACUUAGACAACUGUUAAAUUUUAGCCAUGACCUGAAGUGAACCUUAGACCUUAGCUGAUCAUAUUUUAAAAGAGUUUAAAGAACUGAUUUUACAUAUAAAGACUUAAAAGUAUUACCAUUACUGCUUGAAUUUUGCAGGCUUGUUAGCUACCUUUGCUCGCUAAUUGGCAACUAGCUAACAAGGUAUGAUUCCAGCUAUGGUGGACCAAAUAUAGUAUAUUACCAUGAAAUGUUACAAAAUUAUGAUAUCGAAAUUCACUUGUUUGUUAAAUGUUGGUACAUAGCUGCAAAACAUACUGGAGAUGAUUUUUUUUUGCUCCUUAAGUGUGAGGUAUAUUCAAAAUGGCGAUGAAAAAUUACAUCUAUAAUGUAAACAACUGAAAUGAAAGUUGUUUACAUUUUAGGCCUAUCCAGGCCCCUGCGGCCCUGGGAAGGUAAGAGGGACUCCUUUAAUGGUGCACUUUGUGUGGUGCUUACAGUGAGUUAGUGAAUCAUUGAAAACUAUUUUUUAUAGGGGGAAAGACACAGUAGUCUUUAAAUAUGGCAUAGUUAGUUUGGGUUACCCAUUAAUAUAUAUUUUCCUGUUUAAUGGGUCCCUUUAAAUACACUUCUCUCUCAGCGGUCACUCAAACAUGUGCUUGAUGCUUGCUGCACACUUGACGCUAUUAGUUUUGUCAGAGUGUUUAUUGUCAUGAAGGGAGUUGAAAAAGUUGUGUCCAAUUCCUUCUUUGUGGCAGUAAAGUUGAGAUGUAAAUGUUUGAUUUUGCAUGCAAUCACUGUGUAACAGAUUACCUAGGUAUUAUAUGUACUACUAAUUUAAAAUGUGGACAUAGCGGCUGGGUACUGUUUUGAUACCAGUUCUGGUAUUAUAGGUUCACCGCCAGCUAUAAAAGAUAUGUUUUGUUACCUUUCUUUGAUGGGUUAUCUGUAUUCUAUGUUUUGAUGUUGUUGCUUUGUCUCCAUCAUUGGUGCUAAGCACUCAUUGCUGUAGUUUUCCUUAAAUGCACCUCUCCGAGAUCACCUGUCAGUCAUACAGUAUGAGUGACACUGUGAAGUCGUAUUUAUCAAAGCAAAUGGAGAAGCUUUCAUGUUGGGGUAUGGUUUGUUGUGCUUGUGACCACAUCAAUCUGUGAUAUAGUGUUGCACAGUUAAGUGCUGCACUGCACAGGUUGUGGACAGAGCGUGUCACAACCACUAGAUGGCGGUGCAUGCAGGACUUUUGACCUGUGUGCAUAGCUAACAGUCUAUGCCUGUGUGUAGUUACUCUUUAGAGAAGUGCAUUUUUUAAAUGUUGGUCCACUGUUUAUGCUGUUUUGUAGUACCCAGUUGUACCAGUGGUGUAGUGUAAAAGGAAAUACUGUGAAGUUAAGGUACUUAGGACUCACACCACCGCCAUCAGACUGCUGAGCUUCAUCUUUGUUAGCCUGAAUUCCAAUUUCAUUUCAUCUUAUAGUGACUUGUUAUACAGAAAACAUGGAUGCACAUAAAUGACUAUUAUUACUUAAGGCAUGCAAGGUGCAUGUCUAGCAUGUGAAACCAUAAGUAAGCAUCUGUCCGUUAAAAAAAAAAUUAUUUAUUAAAUUAGAUUAAUUAAAGUGUUAAUUUAAGUCCAUAACUUGAAAUAUAAAUGUAUUUAAUAUUGUGAAUUCUAAUUAAAGAAACUUUACUUAUCCAGGUUAAUUUUGUAGCAGUAAUACAGUUUAAAAGGUGUAGGCCUACAGGUUGUAUGUGCACAAACACAACAUAAGACUACACCACUGCUCUGUCGGGUUUAGAUUUAAAGCACAGUAUUUGCACACAAGUACCUCAUGUGAGGUGGAGAUACUAUGACUGUCUUCAUGUCUUCAUCCACCCUGUUACUGAAGCAGGUGGUGGUGCUAAAUAUGGACAAGUUGCUGAUGAGAUUGAUAUGUCGUAGCAUUGAUAAAAGCACAGAUUCUUUUUUGUCUCUUUAAUCAGCUGUCCACUUAGUAGUAUUUAUUUCUGCAAAGUCAGUUUUGUAAUUGUAUGUGCACAAUUUGGUCUUUUUCUGUUGUCUCUUUUUGUAAGUUAAGAAUUGUAGCAUUGUGCAAACAAAAAUGAAAUAGAGAGAUAACUAAAACCCAUUUCAAAAUGAUUGUUGUUUUGUAGGAGAAUAAUUGGUGUCUCACUCAUAUCAUGAAAUGUGUGUCAUGUAUUUUCAGCUGCAGUCAUGCUAAGUAGUUCUGUCCAACUAAUUCUUCAUAAUAACCUACUAUUCCCUAAUGCCUAAACAACCAUUACAAUACAUUUGCUGUUGUAUAUUAAUAUAAUUAUUAUACACAGUUAUUAAAAAAAAGUAUUGUUAUGUUGAAAGAAAGAAAAGUCUCCAGCUACUAGCCAUCUUGGUAAGCUAUUUAGCUUGUCUGCCGACCUUUCAACAUCGUAAAUCGUUUAUGACUGCAUUAAAAGAAAAGUAAGUGAUAGCCAUUUAGAUUUUUAUUUUUAGAAUGUGCUCCAUAGAACCUCCCACCAAGGAAGUUGAGAUUUGUUGCAAUGGAUUUGUGGCAUGGAAGAUUAAAUGAGUCUAACUGGUGUAUGAUGUGGUAAUAACAGCUUUGUUUGGCUUCAAACAAAUAAGACCCAGCCGGAUGCCUUUAACUGGUUGUCUUGUUAAUUGAGUCCAUUUACUUGGGUUGAUGAUGAGAUUAAUUGAAGGGCUUGAUAUUGUGAGAUACUGGAUUGACAAAAAAAACAACACCUUGUUCUGUGGUGUAAUGAUAUAUAGACAUUAUAGUGGUAAUAAUGCAAGUUUAAAUUCCCAGGAGGGGAAGGUAUUUUUACACAGUUCCUCCUCCCUAGGAAGUUCAUAUUGGACGGUGCCUCAGGACACGAUUCAUGUCAAUGCCUAUGUUCAGCAACGAUGCAGGAAGUAGUGUGCACUUAGAGAAGCACAGGGUAUGGGUGUGGAAGCUGGGCUUGUGAAUGGGCAUGUAACAGGCUUGAUUUUGAUACUGGAGAAUAGGGUUUUACUUGUCUCAAUGAUGAUGAUUAAUCAAGUUGUUUUACUUGCCUAACUUCAAAUCAUAAUGUAAUUGGCUGGUACGGCUAUUGUAAAAAUAAUUAAAAACCAUUUGCAAUGAAUAUUCAAAAAUGUUUGCAGUCAAUGCAAUUUAAUGUAUUUUGCAGAAUUGGUCUACAUCAAUGUGGUGAACAGGUUGUUUAGGUUUGUGUUAAAGUACAAGGUUAGAUAGUGUUGAGUUAAAGGAACUGGUUAUUUAGGUACAGUAUAAGAGGUAAAGGUAGGUCUGGCUUUGUGCAGGUUCAAGUAUUACGUUGGAGACAGAUUAAGUUUAGAAAGUAUGGGAAUGGUUAUGUUUACUAAGGGUUUGGUGUGAUUAUGGGUAAAGUUAAGAGGAAGGAGGUUGGUUAGUAAAUUAUAUUUGCAUUCACACAGUUUUUGGCUCCAUCAACUUUCUUCCAUGCCGUAAACAUUGUGGGAUCUAGCAGUAACAUUUGUCGUCCACAAACCACAAUAUUUUAGGAGAUAGGGUGACCAUCUCACCCUUAGUUAGAUGGGAGAAUCUUUAUCAGCUUAUUGGUUUUGGUUUUUAAAUCCAGGGACUUGAUAUAUUUAGACAGGUUUUGUUUCACUUUGAGCUGCUGUGCAUAUGGUCAAAUACCUCUACUUUUCUCUGCAACACAUUCAACAUACUAGUACUUGAUGUUUCUGUAACUCUGACUUCUUUUUUUUCCCCAUUGUGGCUGUAUGGACUCGUCUUCUGCUUAAAUCUUAAGCAUUAAGCUGCCCUUUGUAAUAGCCUAAUUGCUGUGAGAAAAUAUUGUUAUUAUUGUACAUGCUUAUUUAAUGUAUUGAUUAUGCAAUAACAGUCAGCUUUUUUGAAAUACCUUUUGUUUCAUUUAGGAGUCAUAUCUGAGGAAAAUUGAUGGUUCUUAAACAUUUUUUGUUAGUAACCUGACAUUAUCCACUUCAGAACAUCAUUGUUCAUGUAUGCACUUUCAGAUCCCCGAAUAAAUUUGAGAAGAUGGUUUAA